AUGGACACAACGACAGAACUGAUGAGUGCAGAGGAAGAAGAAGUGAUUUGUGGACUGUAUGAAGGAUAUUCGACGCAGAGAUUCAUUAUUAUUACUAUAUGUACAACUGUCGCAUUGUUUGGAGUUUUUGCUAAUUUGCUUCUGAUGGCAGUAUUCCGUCGAUCUCUUCCUUCUUCCAUAUUUCUUGCUACCCUUGCCACAUGUGACUGUUUGAUUUGUUUAACGUAUACAUUGUUAUUCGGUGUUGACGCUGGAAUUUGGUAUAGGAAGAAUACGGCGCUCUUCUUCCUUUAUCAUCGAUACAUUGUCCCUGUUUUCUUCAUCGCCAAAGUCGUUCAAUUCGCGAUACCGUUCAUUCUCAUUCUCAUUACUUUUGAGAGAUAUUUAUGGACUUGCAGUGAACCGAGAAGACAAAUGUUCUCAGCGAUAUUCAACGAAAGAGGACGAAUUGUCACUGUAAUCUUCGUUUGGUUUUUCUCCGUAGCUCUCCGAUUUCCAGUUCUUUAUGCAAUGAAAGUCAAAACAUUCCCGGGUUGUGAUGAUUACUUUAGAAGUGAAUCGGUGGCUGGAACUUCUUUUGCAGCUACAGAAGCAUAUGAGAUAUACGAUUUUCACGUUAUCACAGCAAUUCAGAUGAUAUUUCCAUUCGUGGUACUUCUUCUUCUCAACUUCACAAUUAUCAAAAGAUUGGUUGCGGAGAAAAGAGAAAAUAUGUAUCCAAUUCUACGGAGCGCCGGAACAACAACAGAAGUUAAAAAAGCAUCAUUCGUUCAAGGAAAUCUUCCAGAGAAUUAUGUUCUUCUUCAAGUAGCCGCCGACGUCAUCAAAGAAUCUCUUAUUCACAGUUCGGUUGCGGUAUCAUCUGAAAUUGUGCAAAAUGAGGAUGCAGAAGACGACGAUAUUGAUUGUUCGGUUGAUGUGGAUAUGCCACGUCAUCGACCAUCAAUAUUCCAUACUUUUGUAUUGGCACUCAGGGAAUCAUCUCGAAGCAAACGCUCCCAACUCCGUAAUGCCAUUUACACGAUGUUGGCAAUCGUCACUUCAUACUUGGUUUGCAAUGGAGUUCAUUUGUUCUUGACAAUUCUCGAAAGAUUUGAUCCUUCUUACUUGUAUGAUUCAGUUGACAGUUCACAAUCCAGUACAUUUUAUAUCGUAUUAUCCGACACCGUAUCAAUCUGCUACAUGAUAUCUUCUGCUAUUCGCAUUCUCAUCUAUGCAAAGUGCAAUCCGAAACUUCGCCAGGAAAUCUCUGACUACGUCAAACGAGAGAAGAGCAUCGAAACGAACAGCUCCUAA